AUGUGGUGCAAGUGCUGCGAGCCCGAGCCGCAGGAGAACCUCGUUGACGUGCAACCACGUGAGAUCCUGCAGACGCCAACUCCGCAGAAGAAGGACGAGCAAGAUGCGCUUGCGGCAGUGAUCCAGGAAUCAGCAGCGCCGACAGUGGAGGUCAAGGAGGCAGCGGCGGCGUCCACAGCGGCGGCUGCGAGCACUGAGAAGGAAGACAGCCCCAGCAACCUCUUCACCGUCACACUAGACUGUCAAGGCGAUCUCGGCAUCGUGCUCGAUGACUUGGGUUCACGAGGCCUGGUUAUAGCUGCGAUGAGUGCGGGAAGUGCACGAGACGAUGGAAAGCUCCAACAGUAUGAUUGCAUCGUGUCAGUCAAUGGAGUGAACGGCGAUGUGAAUCGGAUGUGGGACAUCUUGGAGUCGCCUGGCAAGUGCACGCUGACGGUGCUGCGGCCAACCGAGAUGGCCUUCAAGCUGAAGAAGUCGGACGAGGAGCCUUUGGGAAUCCACAUGAACUUCAAAAGCUAUUCUGCGGGGAUAGUGCUGGAGGAGAUCAAAAAAGGCGGACAGUUCGACAGGUUCUUGGAUUCACUGCCUGAGGCCUCUCGUGCCCUUCCUGGCGAUCGGUUCGUGGCCAUCAACGGCACUCACCUCAAAGGUGCCGAGCUGGUCGAAGCUUUGAAGCGGGAAGCGAACUUGGAGAUCAUAGGCCUACGUUAUUGA